AUGGCCGCUCUCCUGGCCGCCCCCUCGCGAUGCCGGCGGCCGCUGACUCGCGCUGCGACGUCUGGUGCGUGGAGGACGAGUGCGGCGGGGACGCGCCCGACUUACAUCUACGCGGCCGUCGCCCACGCCCUCCUCCUCGGGGCGGACGCCGCCCUCUGCCUCGCGGUGCUGCGGCCGUCCCUCGGCGGCGGGUGGCGGGCCUGGGGCGGCGCGCACCAGGCGAGCCUGGCGCUCACCGCCUGGGCCCACCUGGCCUGCAUGCUGACGGACCCAGGCGCGGUGCCGCUGGGCGAGGGGCCGGGCCUGACCGAGGCGGGUGCCCCCGGGGAGGCCGCCAAGGGCGAGUGCAGGAAGUGCAGGGUCGCGAAGCCGCCGCGCGCACACCACUGCAGCACAUGCAGGCGCUGCGUCCGGAAGAUGGACCACCACUGCAUGUGGAUGAACAAUUGCGUCGGGGAGCAGAAACCAGAAGCACUUCCUCCUCUUCCUGGGGCCUGCCGAGGGCCCCCACUUCGCCUCGUUCUGUCAGCACGUUGGCGGCCUCUCGAGUCCCAAGCCUUGCCAGCGCAGAACCAGAAGCACUUCCUCCUCUUCCUGGCCUACCUCCUGCUGCACUGCGCCGGCAGCGCCGCGGCCGUGGCGCGGGGCGCGGCGGCCCGCUGGGCGCCCGCGGCCGCGCAGGCGGCCGAGGAGGCGGCCGCGGGCGGCGGCGGCGGCGGGCCGCCGGGCGGGCAGAUGCCGAGGGGCCAGGCCAUGGCCUCAGCCGCCGUGCUCGUGGCGGCGCUGGCCGCGGGGCGCUUCGCGUGGGGUCUGCUGAGGGAGCAGGCGGAGCGCCUGCGCAGCGGGCGCACGGGCAUCGAGCAGCUGCAGGGCGCGCCGGGCGAGCCCCGGGCGCUGCGGGAGGCGCUGCGCGAGGUGAUGGGCCGCGGCCCCGCGUGGCGCUGGCUGCUCCCCGUGCCCGUGCGGCGGGCGUGA